GGACGCUCCCUCUCAUUUAAAUCUCAAUUCAAACCCAUCGCCAAGAACCUGCAACAAAGACAAAAUUCAUUCACAGAUUUCAACAAGAAAAUAGCGUUUCUCCGUCGGUUUCCAACUAUCAAUGUCUAAGAUGAGAUCUGAUCGCAGGCCGCCGCUCGCCAGAUCACCCUUGCGGCUCAGAUCUCGUCGGGUUCCUCAAUCGAACUCAACCUCGAUGCAAACGCCGCCCGGUUCUUUGACGAAAUCGCUGAAAAUGAUCCGUCCUUCGGAUCUGCAGGAAACGGAGCUCCGACCUGAGUAUCGGACAAUUUCUUGCGAGUUACGAGCUCUGGCAAGCAUGGUUAAGAUGGAAUUAGGAUGUGAAGAAUCUGAGAAAGGCGGAGUUGGCGAUCAAUUGAGCGUGAAUUCGAGUUCUCUGUUCGAGCGGGGGAGAUUUUACGACGAGUACUCUGCGAGGAGGAACGAGAGGCUUAAGAGAAAGAAAGCCGAAUCCGCAUCCGAAAUCAAGACUCCAUACACUCUCGGCGUGACGGUCGAAUCUUCGAAGCGGCACAGUUCGAAGAAGCUUGCAAAUAGCUUGAGGAAAUCGGUUGGUGCAGCGUUUUCUGUGGAGCAGAGCGCGGCGGCUCCUAGGUAUUUGCUGCGAAGCAUGACGAAGGAGAACAAGAAGCCUCCAUUGCCAGUGAAUCUUGAGAAAUCCGUGAUUGCUGCAGGAGAAAGGAAAAUCACGACUCGAAAAGUCCGGAGAAUCUGAAGAAUUAGGGUUCAGAUCAGGUGGAAUUCUUGAUUUCUUCCUCCUCUCGUUAUCUUUGAUUUCCAUUCUCUACUUUGAUUCAGAUGGUUAAAGAAACUGGAUUAGCUUUUCAUAAUUUGUUCUGGAUUUGGAUUUGGAUUCGCAUGUUGGAUUGUGUAGUGUAGGUAGAAUUUUCCAAUUCGGAAAUAUCUGACCGAGCUUCUCUCUUCAGCAUACUUUGGCUGCUGUGAUAGGAAAAGAGAGGCAUAGAGAGCACAUUAGCUGUUAGGGCUCUUUAUGAGUUUAUGCAAAUAAAAGUUCUUGUUUAUCUUGUCUUCUUCUUC